CGCCUGAGAUUUACCAUGGAUGAUAAGCGCUGUGUUAUAUGCCAGCAGCAAUCGCCCAGUGUAUUCGUCACCCGCUUCAUGGGCAGCUACACGUCCACCAUACCCUCCGAGGAGUUCGCUCGGUUGCAGGCGACGCCAGGAUUAUAUGAUUUACAGAGCGUGGAGGCCUAUUUUGAUGACAAAGGCCAUUAUGAAGACAUAAGGGCACUCUGCAGCUACAACCACCCUGCUCUAGAGGGCGUUGCCCCCAUCAGCAGCUUCAGGUCCCUGAGAGAGCUGAAGUACAACCUGCAGAAUGCGAAACAGCUGCAUUUCUGCGACAUUUGUGUGGAGAGCAGGAAGGUGUUCAUCCCGGAGCAGAUAGCAUACAGCAAGCCUGAAUUGGACCGCCACAUGCGCAGCGGCGAUCUGACAGGCCCCAUGGCAGAGAGCGGCUUCAAGGGUCACCCACAGUGCCGCUUCUGCCGCAAGCGCUUCUACGGGGACAACGAGCUGUUUGUGCACAUGCAGUCCGCGCAUGAGCAGUGCUUCCUGUGCCGACGCGCGCGCCCUGACCGCUACGUCUACUACAAGGACUACAAUGAACUGGAGGAGCACUUCCGGCACGAGCACUACCUGUGCGAGGACUCGACCUGCCUGGAGAAGAAGUUUGUGGUGUUCACCAGCGAGCAGGAGAUCAAGCAGCACGUGGCGCGCGAGCAUGGCGGCCACAUGUCGCGCGCCGAGAAGCGCCAAGCCCUCACCAUCCCCAUCAAUUUCCAGUAUCGGAGAGGAGAGGAGCCGGCCGGCCCAUCUGGGCCUGCGGCCGGCGCCGGCAUUGUGAUCGGCGGGGCCGGCAAUGUCCAGUCCAGAUUCAGCCGGCGGCCACCAGCAGAGAGCGACCGACGGCAGAUAAGCAGCGCGGUGCAGGCGAGCAUAGAGUCGGCACAGACGGAGCAUGCGCUGCGGUCCUCUGCCACUCCCGGCUCCAAUGGCAGAGCGGCGGAGGAAGCUGCAGAGCAGCAGCCAGCCUUCACGGGGCCUGCCCACUGGGCAGCUGCUGCGGGCAGGAGCGGCGGCACCGCCCAAAUGCGCCCAGAGGACUUCCCUUCCCUGCCAGGGGCGUCCAAGUCUUCAAAGAAGCGCGCGAAAGCAAAAGAGAAGGCGCAGGCCUCUGGUCUGCAGGACGGCAACCGCUCGGCGUCAGCCGCCAGCCUCAGGGGCGACGCACCCCCCAGCAUGUCCCAGAGCACAUCAGCGCCUGACCUGCAGGCGGAGGUUCUCAGGGAGCCAGAGUGGCAGGAGGUGGCCGCGCCGCAGCCGAGACAACUCCAGCAGCAGCAGCGGCUGAGCGCGCUGCAGCGGCGAGCGGCCGCAUCCGCAUCUGCACCCACAGAAGCCUUCCCUGCACUCCCAUCCGCCGCACCCAGCAGCUCCCAACCACCCCCUGCUCGACCGCUACCGCCCCCAUCUGUGCCCGCGGCGUCAGCGGCACCGUCUGCUGCGGCAUUCCCUCCGCUCCCCACGGCGGCUGCGCCAAAAUCCGGCGCGGCGCGGGCGGCCCUCUGGCGCGCACCGGCGCCCUCGGCGGCCAAGUCCAGCGCCGCGGCAUCGCAGCAGCGUGCGCCGCCGCGCAUCAUGGAGCAGGAUUUCCCUGUGCUCGGCCAGACAAGGAAUGCUGCCACGCCAGCUCCCUCGCAGCCUGUUCCUGUUUCGGAUUCGCUGAAGGCUGCAAACAAGGCCUUGAUGGAGAAGAUCCGCGGGCGGCUGGACGCAGAAGAUCUUACCACGUUCCGAAGCCACGCAGCGGCGUACAUGCGCGGCGACACAGACGCGCACUCCUACUACGCCGUUGUGGACUCGCUGGGCCUGGGCCCACUCGUGCCUGAGAUGGCCGCCCUGCUGCCCGACGCGGGCAAGCGGGCAGAGCUGCUCUCGCUGCACGGCGCAGCUGCGGCGUCCCCGUCGGACGCUGCGGCGGCCGCCGUCCACGCCUCGCAGAACGCCAGCUGGCAAUGCGCGCGCUGCAGCCUCAUCAACGGCCCCGCCGCCGGCUCCAGCUGCGAGGCCUGCGGCUCCCGGCGGCCAUGGCAGGCCGACAGCAACGGCGCCGCGGCCGGGGACGACUUCCCGGCGUUCGGCAGCAGCGCGGCCGGCGAGCCGGAGGCGGCCAAGGGGCCGAAGAAGGGGAAAAAGGUGUCAAAAUUCGAGCGGCUGCGGCUGACGGGGGGCGACCCGGAGGCGACGGCGGCGUGGCUGAACACGAGCGGGGGGACCAAGACGAAGCCGCAGAACAUGUGGACGCAGGGGCGGCCGGCGGUGGUGGGCGGCGGGGGGUCCCAGCCGCGCGGACAGUGGGCGGCCAAGGACAAGCUGGCUCACGAGUGGCGCAACAUAAAUGAUGCAUGGGACAAGAAGUAGGGAUGUGGCUUAUGAUGAUGACUCUGGCUUGCAGAGUUGCAUUUCCUGUAGUUCAGGGGGCAGAUCUUGAGCAGAUAUGCCACUUGACGCCUUCCUCAAUUGACCAAGCUCGUUCAGCUGAUUACUCCAUGCCCUCAGUGGAUGCAAGGUGCUUCUUCCACCAAUUUUGGAUCUUCAUCGCAGCAAAGGCUAUUCACUGUGGCUCUCGUGCGCGUGAUCUUGACGUCAGCUGCUGGGCAUUAAAACUAGAGUAGAUCUGAUAGUGCUAGCUGUAGCACAGGACUGGCUGCAGGUCAGACUCAGCUGGUGUGCAUGCUCAUCCACUGCAGAUUGAAUAUAUGAAACCAGGAGAGAAUGCAUACAUGACAGACAGAGCGAGCAUCAAAGUAGGGAGGAAGAACUGCCUCGCUGUGUAAAUAGAGUUCAUCAAAA